GUGCUGCCAAGCUUGCUGUUGUGCCAGUGUUUUGCUCCCACCACCACCACCACCACCCUUUACACCCUCACAGCCACCCUUCCUCCCCUCAUUCCACCUUGACCCAACCCACACCUAUGCCACACCCUAUCCUUUAAUACUAUGGAGUCUGAUCCUCUCCUGCAGUCUGGGAAAUCGACCACGGGGGACUCCCUGUACCAGACUCUGGGGGUCCCCAAGGAUGCCACCACCGACCAGAUCAAGAAGACCUACCGCAAGUUGGCCCUCAAAUACCACCCCGACAAGAACCCAGACAACCCCGAGGCUGCGGAAAAGUUCAAGGAGGUGAAUCACGCGCACGGCAUCCUCAGUGACACCACCAAGCGCAACAUCUACGACAACUAUGGCUCUCUGGGGCUGUACAUUGCUGAGCAGUUUGGCGAGGAGAAUGUCAACACCUACUUCCUUGUUAACUCAGGCUGGUGCAAGGCACUGUUCCUGUUCUGUGGGAUCGUCACUGGCUGCUACUUCUGCUGUUGCUGCUGCUGCUGCUUCAACUUCUGCUGCGGAAAAUGCAAACCUCGGCCCCCCGAUGAGACUGGAGACUAUCACAACCUGAACCCCAAGCAAGAGGAACCCAUCACCAACCAGCCAGGCCCCUCAUCCCCCUCCAAGGAGGAGGUGAGCGAUGAAGACUUAGAGGGAGGAAAGGCCGCAGGUGGAAACGCAGUCACCUCACAGCCACCUACUUCCACCAAUCCCUUCAGGAAGCGGGACGAAAUGAAUGACUCACGUGGCACGACUAAUCCCUUCAGGCAAGAGGAAAGGCCCUCGAAUGCUCCUCCCAGCAAUCCGUUCAGGACUCCCGGUGCAGACGGCAGUGGCCCGGGGAUGAGCCAGCCAGUGUUUGCCAUGCCACCACCCACCCAGGGCACCAACCCAUUCUCUGCAGGGGCUAACGAAAGCACCUCCCUCAACACCGGCUCACAGCCCACCUACACACCAGUUGCUGAGGAGAAGUAGUUGAUUUUCUAGAGCAAUUAGGAGGUUUGUGACAGCAUGUCGCAGAAUGCAUCUCCUAGUCAUGGCCAGUACUAGCCAGGACCAGCAUAGAGGAGGCUGGGAUGUCACCACCAGACUACUGUAGAAGAAGCUGCUCCUGUCCUCCAUGCACCUCCUCAGCCUGUCCCCCGGUGUGAGAGAGGCCCCAGGGGUGGAGGAGCUGUGCCCAUUUCACUUGACCUGAGUGUAUGAAGAUGAAGUUGCGUGUGUCUGUUCGUGUGUGUUGUGUUUACCGAGUGCCAGACUGUGUUGUUCGCCUGUCCCAAGUGGUGUUUUAUUCGUAUUGAAAGAGAGAGAGCGAGUGAGUCAGGUAUAUAAUCGUAGCAUAUCAGUUAAAUCGCUUUAUUUAAUAUGCCAUCAUCUUCAUUCAUCAGUGCAGCAUAUAAGCAACCCAGCUUUCUAAUGAUGUAGUCUGUAAACUGCAGGUAAUGACUGGCUGGUAUGAAUAUAUAUACAUAUACAUAUUUCACCUCUCAAUUAGUCACCUAGAGGUUGUGUGACAAUGUUCAGUUGAGUAGGAUAAGGGGGAAUUAUUAUUAUUAUUAUUAUUAUUUACAAGCAGCAUUUUCUUCCUACUGAUCUAUCCUUUCCUACUAUGAACAUGUUCCUCAUCUCACUGGACUUGUGUCGUCGGCAGGUGCACCUUUUUUUCUGUUCACCUGUCACAGGGAAGAGGAAGCUACAGUUAAAAUUCUCAUUUUUAUUCCAGUCACUGACUCACCAAACACGUAGGCACAAGAUGUAGAUGUCAUGUUACUUAUUUGUUUUUUCAUUAUUACUGUGGCACUGAUAUUGAGUGCUCUAGAUUUUAGUGUCUUCUUUAUUGAUUUUUUAUUAGUAAAUUAACUUUUUACAGUGGUAGUUCUAAGGUCACUGUAACAUGGUGAUGAAGUAUUUAUUCCAAGUUAUGUUAAUAAAAUUUGAAGAGCUCAUUAUAUACAUGUGUGUUGGAAUCAGCUCUGGUGGGUUAACAGUUUAGUGAGUCAGUCCAGCUGCAUGUGCUGUGGAGGCUCUGCUCUGAUGAGGAGAGGAAUGAGGGCAGAGAAGUAUUCAUCAACAUUUGUCAAAUGGAAAGUCAAGUGCUGGGAUCUUUUUCUCCUCCACCAAGGCACUUCACUCACAACCAGUCACACAGCGACUCAGUUAUCACGGUAAAAAAAUAUUCCUUGGUCUUUUUUCCAGUUGACACUAAAUCACUCAAGCAACGAAGGAAUUUUUUUUGUUGCAUCUUUACAUUAUUGAUAUGAGUGAAAGUAAGGGAGUAGAGAGAUCCCACAAUUAGCAGUGAAAUUUGGUCCCUGGCUAGUAGGGUGUGUUUACAAAUUUGCACACAUCAUCCCAGUUAACAUUUAUAUUGCAAAAACAAAUUACCCUGGAAAACUGAGGUAAGAUAUAAAAGCGAAUUAACGUCUAAACAAAUGUAGAUUAUCAUACUGUUUGGACUAUUUAACUUUACCAUCUCAUUAUUUCUCGGUAGUUUGCAUCUUGAUCUGAGCAUGGCAGUCUAGUUGGUUAGUGUGUCAAGCCAUGGAAGUGAAGAACCAGGGCAAGGUGGUUAGGAAGGGUGUUAACUCUAAAGCCCUGAACCACAGCCUCAAAACAGUGACCCUAUUUGAAGAAGUUGUCAAGAGAAAGAAUAAGAAUAUGAACACAAAUUUAAGUGGUGCAUACGAUUUAGCAAACACGCCUUACCCGUCUAGCAUUACAUAUCGGAUCGCUCUGUUCAGUCUGUUAGUCAUGGAGAGAAGGAAAAGCUCUGUCCAGCCUUCACAUGGCAGCCACUCAUCUCAAGGGUUCAUUGCCACUACUUUUCUGCACCUCCUAGUCAUGUGGUGCUGUCAUCCUUGCACCGACACUGGGCAUUACCUUCAGGCUGCCCCUCAUCUCUGUGACCUGUGCUGGGAAUGGAGAAGACAGGGGAGGAUGGUUGAAGCAUAUUGAUCCACCACACUUUAAACUCCUUACUCUGCAGCCUCUCUCGAUGCAGCAAGUCACGUCCCCGCUCCACCAACUUAUCUGCCAUUGCACUCUCCUUUCUCUUCAAGCUCCUUCCUCCCAGUGACUUGUCGUGUUGAAAAGGGUUGCCGAGGAGUUAGGAGUGAGGUAAAUCGAUAUCCUUUCAACCAUACCUGUCUGUGCCAAUAGCUUUCCUUUGCUGUCAGGACUUCUUCUCAUUUUUUGACACUUUGUUUAUCUCGCUGUUUCUUAUUUGUCUUUGGUUGUUUUCAGCAGUUUAGUUCACAUGAAUGGGUUCUGCUAGUAUGGGAACUUCUACUGUUAUUAACUCUCUCUCUUUAGUUUCUCUCUCCCCCUCUAUGUUUAUCUUCCUUUUCUGAUACCUUUGCAGUAAGUUUGAAAGAGCAGUUUUAUUUCUUUGUCCUUUUUUUUUCUCUUUUCCUUUUUAGGCAAGUAACUACUGCUGCUGUUUUCAGUUGGGCCUCAUCUGCACUUUUAUUUAUUGAUAUUCCCCGUACAUAAGGUUAGAACAGUGUGGUCACGGGUUCCACGGAGCGGUGUCUCAAACCCAAAGUGAAUUAGAACCCAUGGUGUAUGUACUUAUAUGAUUUUCCUUUUUUAUUAUUAUUAUUAUUAGUGUGUUAAUGGUUUGAACCUGGGUUAGGAUGGUAAAGGGUGUUGUUCAUUGAAGUGUCAAAUAUGUUUAUGAAAGUGUGUGUGUAUGUAUGUAUUGGUGUGAAUGAGGCAAUGAGAUUACUGGUCAUGGUUGAUGUCUUUGUAUUUCCCUCAUGUUUUUUUUUUUUUUUUUUUAAGGCUUUUUUUAUGCUAACCCCAAAUAGUGUAAUCCCCAAAGUCUGGCAGAGUAGUGCUGAGUUUAGUUUGUUUUGGAUAUGGUGCGUUACUUUUCGUUUCUCAGUCUAGGAAGAUUUGUGAAGAAAUUACCAUUAAUCGAAGCUGUAAAAAUAUAGAAAACCUCGCAGUGUAGCUUAAUUCCAAGGCUUACUCUGAUAACCAACACCCCUUCAUUUUAGAUCUUUUUACAGUAUGGCCUCAAAAACUUUAUUUCACCCGUCACCGCAGUUAUCCUGAUACUUCUCACCCUUUUGUUUACUUUUUUUCCCAUAGUCAGAGACAUUUGCCUUAACACACAAGAUCACCAACCCGAUUGUUUUAUUUUGCUGACUUUUCCUCCUCAAGUGGCUUUCAUUGUGUGUGUUUUGGUAUGAGUGACUGUGACAGCAGAUCUUGUUGUCCUUCUUUCCUCGGCUUAGUCCUCUGGCCUGGAGGAAUUGAGUGUUAAUAGUGGAUGUGAAUUGUCCAUGUAGAUGUGCUCAAUACCUCCACAAAAUAGGACAACCAACACACACACACACACACACACACACAUCACACAUUACACAUACAUAUACCACACAUACAUCUAGAUACAUCUUUAAGCCUCUUUAGAUGUAUAUACAUAUGUCUUCUUACUGCUCUCUGUCCCUCACUAGACAUGUAAGAUGAUAAACACUAUAAUGAUUGCAUGUCUGUCUAGAGAAGAGAUGCACACUAUUCUAUUCCAGCAGUGUUCAGCUGUAACUUGUUUGGGGAAGUGUUAGACUUGUGUGUUGGUGAAUAAUGAUGAUAAUAACAAUAAUAAUAAUAAUAUCUAUAGAUUUACCACUAUCCAUUUUAUGACUAUUGUUGAUAUUGUUAAAUUUGAGAAGACUAGAGGAAACUGCUGAGAGUGGCUUAUUAAGGUGUGAAUGUAGAAUUAGUGGAUGCAGAGAGUAACAUUAGCUGGCAGGAGAGUACAUGAUGAAGUGGUUGAAAAGUUUUGCUUCAUGUUUUAUUUAAGAGUUGAGGUUUGAAUGUCUUGUUCAUGGGUGAAAUCUCAUUUGGAUUGGAUGGAUACUAAACUGUAAACUCAGAAUGGUGUGGACAUUUCUAUUUGCUUGUAUCAUUAGGCAAAGUUCAGUGUUCCAAAACCUGUAAAAAAAAGAUAAAAAAUUACGUACUCUUGUCUUGAUGUAGUAAGAAAUUAUUGUGCUCUCAAAUAUCUGUGAAAAUUUGUUGAGAUUUAUGUGCCAGCUAAGUGUGACUCGUUUAGUGAAGAAAACAUUUAGGGGUUGUGUAGGAAUCCAUCACACAGAGAUAAAUUUUUGCAUUCUGGGACGUGGAGUAGACAUGUCACCGAGUCGUCUGGCGUGUAAUGUAGGAGUUGUGGGUUCCGUCAUUCCAUUCCCGAGUCACCCACCACAGCGAGGGAAGAUUAGGGUGCAUUUGCCAGCUCUUACUCACCCUUUGAUUAGCACUCAUGUCAGGAAGAAACCACAAUGGAAAACUGAGCUGAGGCCUAAAAAUUUACAAUGUCAAACUAUAGAUUAAUAAACAUUUCCUAUUUUGACAAGAUCUCAUUUUUAUACCUCAACUCAAUUUUUUGGAGUGGUUAUUUUCCCAUCAUGAGUGCAAUUAAGGAUGAGUUGUUGGUGAGAAUACCCACAGCAGAGGUAGGAAGGAGGGUCAUGACCUUUUAGCCUUUCCAGUUACUGAUUGCAGACAGCUCAUUCUCAUUCCACACUAAUAACGAUUUUCUUUGGCUUUCAUAACUUGCUAAGAAUUGCAGAAGUAAUGCCAGUGUACAAUUUAGUAACGUAACCCUUCGUAAUGUGGUGGAUGUCAGUGCUGCUGGCUAAGUGUUCUUCCCUCUAAUCCACUUCAAGCUGCAUCAUCGUGUCUAUCAGUCAAAGAGAGGCAGUUCUGAGUAUGUCCUCCCGUAAUUCCCCUUGGAUGGGAUGAGAGUGAGUGAUAAAGUGGAAAUGUUCUGGGAAUGGCAGCUUCCUGUCUUUCUCCAAGUAUUAAACAAGCAUUGUGCAUGACUCACUACUACAUGCAUUUCCCAACUUUCAGGGUCCUCUGUAUGCCUCAACUUUCUGUAGCUCUCUAUGGUAGCAAAGGUUUAUUGUUCAUCUUUCUGUGAGGCUUCAUUGGGAGAAAAUUCAUAAUAAAACUAUUCUUGCCUUUGACGCUUAAGAAGGCUGGAUAGGAUCUCUGACAGCUUGAAAAAACACUCUGCCAUUAGGGCGCAACAGCCAUCAUUGCCUUUUUCUGCUUAUACGUGGAGUUUGCUGCCAUAAGGAAGAAAGUGUUCAUUUAGGUAGAUCAGCAGACUUCAGCAAGGUUUUUCAAGGCCGCCACACAUGUCCAGGAAUAGGAAACAAGGGGAAUUUUUUCGGGUGCCUUGCAGUGGUUGUUGAAGCUUGGGCCAUAGGUGCAUAAGAAAGGCCAAGUUUUUAUUUCUUCAUUUUUUUCUGGGUGUCUUGGUGUGUGCCGGUGAAGUGUGAUUCUCGGGAGCGUUUAGGCAUCUAUCAUUCUCAGCAUCAUUCCAGGAGAGGCAAAGAACCCAUCAUUUCGUGGGGGUGUCUGCCGGGUCCCAUCAGCCAGGACUGUACCUAGCGCAAUGUUCCCCUCAUUAAGAGUGUCCCUUACUAUGAUCCCCCCCUCCCCUCCCCCGACAUUUAUCUCGCUCUCCUCUCAUCUUGUCCUGCACGUGUCUGCCAGUGAUAGAGUGGGAAUAAGAGUGUAUACAGAAUCUUACUUCUUGCAUGAUUGUUUUUGUCAGAUAGAUAUUAUUAUAGAGUGAUGUUAUUUAUGAUGGCAAAGAUGAUAUGUUAGUUGAUAAGAGGAACGAAGGAGCAUAUUGCUAUUAACUCUUCUUCCCUUCAUCAUCUUUAUUCAGAAUUAUUAACUUGUGUAUCCAUCCAAUAAAGCUACUUAUAAAUAUAUUAAAAAUUAAAUUACCUCUCAAACUUUAGUCAGGGUGUCAGGUUAGGUUUUUCACUCAUAUCAAAGUCAGUUACAGUAAGAUGUGGAGGGUAUAUUCCUUGGUCAAGUGUUCGUUGAUGUGACUCAGCUAUUGUAUAAUCUUAAUCUCUUGUAAAGCUCGUAUGGUGCCUAAGGAACUAGCAUUAACUACAUGAUCAUUGCUUGAAAGUAUCUCGGAAAGCAGUGCAUUACAAUCAUCUUAAGUAUAGGUGACUCCAUUCCCUCCCUUGUGAGCAAUAACUAAAAAUGUAUAACCCAAUCACUGUGUCAUCACCCCCACAAACAGGCUCCUAGAAUGGGCAAGGUCGUGUUGUUGUUUCGGGCAUCAUCCAUCGUCGUCACCAAGCUGUCAUUCCCUUUGGUUUUAGAUGGUUUAGGUUUCUUCAGUCAACAUAAUGGCUGGAUCUAAUUUAUCAUCCCUCUCUAAUAAUUUUUGGGGGAGUGCUUUGCCUUGUAUCACCUCAAAUUAUUGCUUUCUGUUCAUUAUGUUUUGCUGUGGAGAAUCAGCAUCACAGGGAAUCAUCAUGUUCUUUUUUUGUCGUGUUUAGUAUCAUGGGUAAAGGAGAGUAACAUUCUUAGGUUACUGGAUUACCUCACCAUCAUCCUCAUUGGCCUUCCAUGGUCCUCAGACACCCUGACUACAGACAUUCUAAAAAAUUCUGUCUCCAGUCUUCAGAGGCAGUGUUGUACUAAGUUCUGUCAACACUUUUCUCUGCCACUCUGCACUUUGUGCUGUGUCACCCAACAGCUGGGGCAGGACAGCACACUCUGCCCAUGAGCAAAACCUGAAGACUUGUUUCUUAUCCAAUCCAACAGGGGCCAUUUACUCCCCAUAAUGAUAAGGUCACCAUUUUUGUACACACCCCUCAAAUUAGUUGUCAGGAUGCAUAAAAGACUAGAAAAUUGAGCUGGUGUCUUAAAAUGAACCAUCAAAGUUAAGACUGAUUGAACAUUCUUAUUUUGACGAUUUGUUUUGAGACUUAUACACAAAUUUUCAGAGCAAUUAUUCCCAACAUGAAUACUAAAUGGGGGGGUGCAUACAAGGUGGUUGACGCAUCUUAAACAUGUACCAUUAUUGAUCUUACAAUUGAUUUAACAUGUUUUUGGUAUAGGAAAAUGACGAUUCUUGCUCUGAUGUAUUCAGCGUAAAUUUGCCAAGUGGUGUUGCCCUGCCCAGCUGUCCCUCAUUUCGUGUCUUAAGUAAUAACUAUUGGAGAAAUGUGAGAUACUUGAAACUGUAGAUCCUGUACAUAUUUAAGAAAGUUACUGUUGAUCAUGUUGAUACCUUAUGUGCAUGUACUGAGGCUGUAGAGUAUAAAAGUCCCAUUAUUU